GAGCUAGCCUUCCGUAUUUCCUCGUUAAAUUUGGGUACUUUUUCGUCAUUAAAACUGUUGGUUACUUGCAAUCCAUGUGCCUUGGAGCGUCCGCGAUCCGAGACUCUUCACAGUUUUAGCCGGUCGAUCAUGAGAACGCUCUGAUUUUUAGUGAAACAGAAGUCAGCAUCCCGGUAUCCUGUUGUGUGCGGCCGGAAAAUGUUCCGCCGAUCUUUGACCGUGUCCUACUCGCCGUUCCGGAAUAACUAUGUCACGCUGCCGGACAGCUACUACCGGAUGCUCUCGAGCUACAAAAACGGCUGUCUCUGCCUCACCCACCGGAUCGAUACGUUCUACGUGUCCUGGGCUCCGUACGGUGGCGGGGGAUUGCAAGAGAACCACAUCGGACUCAAUGCUCAGGUCGCUUCCUCGAUGGGCCUGCGCGAGGGGGACGUGGUCAUGGUAGCGAUGAUCAUCGAUGUUCGCUCGCUGAAGCGGGUGGAGGUGAGCGCGGUCAGCGAGAAGGACUGGGAGAUGCUGGAACUAAGCAGUAGCCGCAUACAAUCGAUUCUUCUCGACCAAACGAGGAUCGUCACGAAAGGACAAAACUUGGUUGUGUGGAUCAACGAUUCCAUUAGCAUCAAAAUACGAAUAAAGUUUACUAUACCCACACUACCCUUCGGAAGGCUGGAAAAUGACACAGAACUGGUUGUGGAACCGUUCAAAAAGCUUCCCGGAUUAUCGAAGCAACCGGAGGCUCCGAAGCUAACGCGCAGCAACACCAACCUUAACAUAGCCGAGCUGGUAAGGCAACGGAACAUGGAGCGAAAAAAAUCCCGUGAGCACAUUGGGGCACUGGAGAAUGGGUUCUCCGGUACAUCUGCUCCCACUCAAGAGCCUGUGUUGGGUGCGUUGGAUACAGCGAAAAGGCGACCAACCACUUGGCACAGAAACGCCGAGAGUAACAAAGAAAAUGCUCAUAUCACAGCAGGCCACACUGGUUCGCUCAAGCGAUCCUCUACGGGUGGAAGCAGUAGCAGUUCCUCCGCCGGUUCCCUGGCAGCUAUGAGUGCCCAGACGGCUGUUCGUAAUUCUCUCUUCGAGAACGAUCUCGAGCGUCACCUGAACCGCCUGCAGACGAGCAAAUCGUUAGCCAACUUUCUCGCCAACGAUCCUCCGUCGCCAACGGCAACUGUGAAGGAAGUUGCCCUUACGCAACCAUCGACGGCGGUAACGGUAAAGCCGGAGCGCAGUAGGCUUCAGCAUUUGGAUGGUUUGAUCGAAACGCUCGGCAAAUCGGUGGCACGGAUAUACCAGUUUCGUGUUAUCGGCGGUACCUGGAACAACCGGCGGAGCAGUUCACAGCUGUGCGAUAUCUACACCACGAAGGAUAACAUCCCGAGCACGAUGGACAUAAAUCAACCGUUUUUGCUCACUACCAACGAUGCACGUGAAUAUUACGUGAACGUACGGCUGGCGACGCUGGACGAGGAGCGGUUCCCAAGGAACGUCUACCCGACGGUUGAGAUCAACGAUCGUUUGAUGGAGCAGCUAGAGAUCAACCAUGGCGAGAAGGUGACGCUGCGCGGUGUCCAGAAUGCGCUCAACAUUGUCGAUCAGAUCGAGUUGCUACCGGCGACGAAGGUUUCCCCGAAGAUCGAGGAAGAUAUUGUGGAAAAGUUCAAACAGUUUGUGUUGUACAACUCGAAAAUCCAUCCGGUGCUACUGAAUCAGGGUCAGCUGUUUAAGCUACCGGAGUACUACCUCACGGCAAGGUUGCAUCCCGCAUCACUAAAGUACUGCCUGCUGAAUGGCACUAUUCUACGCCAAGGGAAGAUCACCUGCGAAGGAGAAGUUAAACCGAUAACGGGGUCUUCCGAAGAGGAUAACGGAAAGAAGAAACCCGGUCCCGGUCAGUCAGCAACCGGGGUGGAGGAAAACGUUAAGUUUGUGCGCGUGGACAAGUUUGAGCAGAUCAUCGUUGAGUCUGUCGAUCGCAUCCGCUACGCUUUGUGUCUCGACGAUCGAAACAAGGUUACGCAGCCGUGCAAUAUGUUUGUCGCUGGCUCAACCCAAAGCGGUCGUAAAACGGUGUGCCAAAACAUUCUGAAACGCUUGGCUGAAGCACCGUUCUACUGCUUUUCCAGCGUUUUCGAUUGUGCCAAACACAAGGGACGCAAACCGGACUCAAUCCAGAAGGAUCUACGGCAAGCACUGUACAUGUGCAUGUUCCAUAGCCCGUCCGUGCUCUUCCUGGAUGGAUUGGACGUGCUGACGCACCAUUUGGGUGACCAAAAUACUCCCGAUGCCGAGUAUCACAACAAAGUAUCGGACGUGAUUCGGAGACAGAUUGAAGAGUUCACCAGUAACAAUCCGAUCGGGGUGAUUGCAUCGAUCAGCAGCACCAGCAACCUGAACCGUCGGUUGUAUUGCUCGCGUGGUUAUCAUCUCUUUCAACGCCAUGUAAAACUGCCAAACCUAGACAAAACCGACCGGGAGCACGCUCUCAAGAGUCUGUUCC